AUAAUAUCGCUUAUUCUAGACAAUCUAUUGAUAUCCCACUAAAAAAAGCAUUCGGUCCGAUAUACGGUAACUUCCUUUCUGAUGACCUGACAUUUUCGGAUGUUGCAUAUGAAGUGGCAGGGAUAUAUACCCCAGAAUUCUGGCCACCCGAGUUAUACCCACAGUUUUAACCCUGAUAGCUGGUUAUCCCCACUCAGGUACCUAUAGCCCAAACCUUCUUAUUUACAUCAUCUACGAUAACCCACAUCUAUCUUUCUUAGAUCAGUCCCCAACAUGGCUGAUCUGCAAUGCAUGCAUCUCCCCAGGGGGAGAUUCGUCAAUACUCGAAGCAUAGCCAGUGCCGGACAACCUUCAACCCACCAGAAAGCCACAAGGGAACCCGAUGAACAAACAUCAACCACUAAAACCUUCAAAUUCAUCACUCUACCCGUAAAGAUCCGUCACCUCAUCUGGGAGGCAACAUUCCCCGAGCCCCGCAUAAUAGGACACCGCACAGCUGCAGUCGAGAACAACACAGCACGAGAACUAAUCCACUACCUUGGCGUAUUAGGGAGCGUGGAAACCUACUCCCACGCAAACUACCUUGACAUCCUCAAUCACUCCGUCAUAGAGCGUUGUUCCAACCCCAUCACGCUCCAAAUCUGCCGCGAAUCCCGACUUUUCACCCUAAGAACCUACAUCCCCAUGAUGAAUGGCAUAUAUACCUAUGGAUCAUUCUACUUCGACCCCAGACGCGAUAUACUUCUUCUAUGUUGGGACUUCGAACACCACAGACCCACUCUGGAGUCAUGCUACGGGACCCAGAUGCGCUAUUUCGAGAAUGUCAUGGUGGAUGGCCAUUUUUGGGUUCAAAGUUAUUCUACAUAUUAUGAGAGGGCAGUUGCGACCAUUCGGCCAAAUCCCGAAGGUGGUAUUUCUUGGUUGUUUGAAGCGAUGUAUGAUGCCUGGGGAGUUCAUCUGGAUGCCUGUCGGGUUACGGCCGCGGUGAAGUUUGUUUCGGUGAUUCUGAGCCGCGUUGAAGUCUUUACUAGACUGCAUGGACGGCCGAUGUUGGUGGAAAAUACUAGGAAGAUGGUGGUUCAGGAGUUCUUUGAGGAUGUAGAGUCGGAGGAUGGUGUGAAGAAGGUCAGUCUUGGGAUUAGGGGUAGAGAGAUGGCUUUUUACAUCUAUCUUAGCUUUGUGGAGAUGAAUUUCUGGGAUGAUGGGGAUGAUUGCACGAUUGAUGCUGUUCAUCUUUGUGAUUGUGAUAGGCAUUCUAUAGAGGAUUGAUGGUGGUUUGCUGGCCUGGAGGGUUGGUCUGAUGAUUUACAAUGAUGAUUUACAAUGAUGAUAAUGGUAUGAUAUUUGUGCAAUGGGAUUUAUGACAAACGUUCAUGGAUG